AUGCUCACAAGUGAGCAGCUCACAGAUCUUUCGGAGAACUUUAAAACGGUACAUCAGAAUGGCUCGGGAUUUUUACCGCAUCAUGAGCUGCAAGCUGCUCUGAAAGUUCUCGGUAUUGAUGUGCCUGGUUACAAAAUGCGUGAGCUGUGCGAACGGCAUGGCCUCAACAACUCGGAUGUGCAGCUUUCUCAGUUUGCUCAACUCUUCGCAGAAUUAGAUAAUGCAAAACACCAAGAGACUAAUAGGUGGAAGGAACGAAUAGGAUCUGUUAGCGGUGCAUAUCAGAUACCAAGUGAUAAACAAGAAAAUACCGUUCAUACUAUCAGAACAGAGGAAGAAGUUGCGUUCUCAAAUUGGAUCAACUCUAAUUUAUCACAUGAUCCCGACCUAAAGCGACUUCUACCAGUGAUCCCGGAAGGAAAUGAUCUUUAUACUAAAGUACAAGAUGGACUCAUAAUCUGUAAACUGGUGAAUUUGGCAGUAUCCGGCACAAUUGAUGAAAGAGCUAUCAACAAGAAGAACCUCAAUACCUAUACAAAGCUCGAAAAUCUCACGCUGGGCCUGUUGUCAGCUCAGGCUAUUGGAUGUAACAUAACCAACAUCGGCAAUGUAGAUCUUAGCAAAGGAACACCCCAUCUUGUUCUGGGCCUACUUUGGCAGAUUAUCAGAAUAGGUCUAUUCAACCAAAUUGAUCUUCAACAUUGUCCUGGUCUGUUCCGAUUGUUGCAAGAAGGUGAAACCCUAGAAGAUUUGAGAAAGCUUUCACCAGAAGAAAUUCUGAUGAGAUGGGUUAACUACCAUCUGGAGAGAGCUGGCAUUGGUCGACGAUUGACCAAUUUUACCACUGAUAUCUGCGACUCUGAAAUUUAUACGUAUCUUCUGCAUCAAAUCGCACCUCCGCAUUGUGGUGUCACUUUGUCACCCUUGAGCUUGAAGGGUAAUUUGGCACGAGCUGGCGCAAUGCUGGAUGAAGCAGAGAAGUUGGAUUGCCGAGAAUUCGUGACAGCCAAUGAUGUUGCUAGUGGCAAUUAUAAGCUGAACUUGGCGUUCGUAGCAAAUUUGUUCAAUAAACAUCCUGGACUGCCAGACCCUGGUGCGGACGAGAUAGUUGAGGAAGUGAUUGAGGAGACUCGAGAAGAGAAGACCUAUCGAAAUUGGAUGAACUCUAUGGGAGUGAAUCCUUACGUUAAUUGGCUCUACAGCGAUCUGCAAAACGGUGUGGUCAUCUUUCAGCUCUACGAUAUAAUUCGACCGGGAGUUGUACAGUGGAAACGAGUAGUAAAAGUGUUCCACAAGUUGAGAGGAAUGAUGGACCAGAUCCAGAAUUGCAAUUAUGCUGUUGAACUCGGCAAACAACUACGAUUUUCUCUUGUUGGUAUCCAAGGAAAAGAUAUCUAUGACGGCAAUCCAACUCUAACUUUAGCACUUGUUUGGCAGUUGAUGAGAGCUUACACGCUCACAGUACUUGCUCAGUGCACACAAAGUGGAGACUCUCUUCCUGCUGAUAAAGAUAUUGUAGCAUGGGUCAACGAGAAGCUGAGGUCUUCCGGCAAGUCUUCGUCAAUACGAUCGUUCCAAGAUCCGUGCAUCUCGGAUGCUAUUGUUGUUUUGGAUCUGAUCGAUGCAAUCAAACCCAACGUUAUCAACCAAAACUUGAUAAAAACUGACGGAAGCUUAGAGAGCAGAAUGGAGAACGCCAAGUAUGCCAUCACAUGUGGUCGAAAAAUCGGUGCCAAGAUUUAUGCACUGCCUGAGGACAUUGUCGAGGUGAAACCAAAAAUGGUAAUGACUGUGUUUGCCUGCCUCAUGGCGCGCAGUUACAUGCCGGACAUGAGAGAAUCGUCGGCACCAGUAACGCCAAUGAUGAGCUAGUUCUUUUGUAGAGAAUUUUAACUGCUUGUGAUUUUCUUCUUUUUCUUGUUUGUCAGUUUUACAGAGUGUUCAAAACAGAUCUUCACUUCACUAGUUGUAGUUAUUUCCAAUGUGCAGUCGCGUCUCGCACUUUUCAGUGCUCCGGUUCGUUCCAUUAUCAGCAUUGCCCAUCCGGUUCGCCUCGUUUUAUUUUAUAAAAUUCCAAACAGUUUUAUUCGAUCAUUCUCGCCUUGAUGAUGCAUGUUUAUCAUCUGUUUUGUCAGAACCGACCCACCAGUGAUAUGCUUCUUUUGUUGUGAAAAUGUUCGCUUCACCACACACUCACUUUUUGACUUUCCAUGGUAAACUAUUCGUGAUUUGAUACACCUCUCUUCUCUAAUGUCACUUGAGCAUGUUGAACACUUGGGUGAUUCGCGCGAGUACCACCCAAGUUGUAGAAUUUUGCGGUUACCGAUCUAAUAAUUAAAUCUUUGUGCUUUAUUCCUAUAAUUGUUCUUGCUGUAAAAUGGUUCUUAUCAUGAUACUAUGCAUCUGUUGCUCUUCUUCGUCUUCGCUAUCUUCACUGUGGAAAGCGGUGGUAGGCCCUUUUGCGAGUUCUGAAAUUAAGAUUUUUUAAAGGUUAUCUUCUUUCAUCAUACAAAUGUUCCAUAUCCGAUUUUCAUUCCUUUUUUUCAAAGCUUAGACAGAGCAGUAAUUAUUCUAGUUUGCUUUGAAAUUCAAUUCAUUUGCCCGUAUCGGUCUGAUGCCGUUUUCAGCCAAGGUCUUUUAGUGGUGUUUGUAUAAUGAAUGCUACAUUUCUUAUAUAUAUUUUGUAAUCAG